AUGUAUCCGGCGGGGUAUGCGCACACUACCACUUAUGAAGCGUAAUUUGUUUGAAAGUCGGAUUUAUCGAUUAUACACACAAUUAUUUAAAUUUUAUAACGAGUAAAUCAACAAGUCAAGUUUUUUAACAAAUCUGAAAAUUCAAAUUAACUUCACAUUUGUAAGAUUUUCUGGCGGUGGAAACGUGCGAACGGCGGAUCGGCCUCAACUUCCGUUCCAACGUCGCUUCCUUGCGAAAGUUGAGCAGCAGACGGCCCCGACAAGAAUUUUUUUGCCUGGUAAAGUGUUUAGCCGUCAAUUUCUCACCCAUGAAGUCGGUCCGGACGGCUGAAAAGGAUCACACAACGCCGCCUUUGUGCUCGUGAGGCAGAGGAUGUCGAGCGUGGGGUGCCCUGCGAUGGGGGGCCACCCCCUGGGAGCCGGCGGGGGCAUCCUCGGGGGCCAGCAACCUCCUCCCCAGCCAGGGGACAAGACCCUGGGCAUGACGUCGCCCAUCAGCAUGGCACCCCCCAAGGCGAGCGACGUGGCACGAACCCGGGACCUGGAGGACACCCUGCGCCAGUUUGGACUCUUCGAAUCGGCCGACGAACUGGCACACAGGAUGGAGGUGCUCUCCAAGAUCAACGAGCUGGUCAAGCAGUGGAUCUACGACGUCAGCGUGAAGAAGAACAUGCCGCCAAGCGUGGCCGAAAACGUCGGGGGCAAGAUCUACACCUUCGGGUCGUACCGCCUCGGGGUCCACACGAAAGGCGCCGACAUUGACACUCUGUGCGUGGCCCCGAGGCACGUGGACAGGACGGACUUCUUCUCCUCCUUUGUGGAGCUGCUGCGGCAGCAGGAAGAGGUCAAGGACCUCAGGGCGGUGGAGGAGGCCUUCGUUCCGGUCAUCAAGAUGACGUUUGCUGGCAUCGAGCUGGACAUGCUGUUUGCGAGGCUGGCCCUCAAGGACAUUCCCGAGCAGCAGGACCUGAGGGACGUCAACAUCCUCAAGAACCUGGACCCCAAGUGUGUCCGCAGCCUCAACGGCUGCCGGGUGACGGACGAGAUCCUGCACCUGGUCCCAAACAGGGAGACGUUCCGGCUGUCGCUGCGUGCCAUCAAGCUCUGGGCCAAGAAGCACGGGGUGUACUCGAACGUGCUGGGCUACCUCGGAGGUGUCUCCUGGGCCAUGCUGGUGGCCCGGACCUGCCAGCUGUACCCCAACGCGGCCGCGGCCACCCUCGUCCACAAGUUCUUCCUCGUCUUCUCGCAAUGGCCGUGGCCCAAACCCGUGCUGCUGAAGCAGCCCGAGGAGAACAAGCUGGGCUUCCCCGUGUGGGAUCCCCGCAUCAACGUGGCGGAUCGCUUCCACCUCAUGCCCAUCAUCACACCAGCCUACCCGCAGCAGAACUCCACCUUCAAUGUGUCCGUGUCCACGCGCACCAUCAUGCGCCAGGAGUUCAAGCAGGGUCUGGCCAUCACCGACGAGAUCAUGCUGGGGCGCACCGAGUGGAUAAAGCUGUUCGAGCCUCCCAACUUCUUCGGGAAGUACAAACAUUUCAUUGUCCUCAUGGCGACCACGAUGACCAAGGAGCACCAUUUAGAGUGGUAUGGCCUAGUAGAGUCCAAGAUCCGCAUCCUCAUCUCCAACCUGGAGCGGCACCCAUACAUCGAGAUUGCCCACGUCAACCCGGAGUCCUUCCCGCCCUGCGAGCCGGACGGGGAUAAGCUUCAGUCGAUGUGGUUCAUCGGGCUUCAGUUCAGCAAGACCGAGCACGUCAACGUGGACCUCACCUACGACAUUCGCUCAUUUGUGGACACUGUGAAGAGACAAGCAACAGCCAUCAACAUUCUCAAGCAGGACAUGGAGGUGGACAUCAAAUAUGUGCGGCGGAGAGAACUGAUCAAGUAUUUGCCCCAGCCGAUCUUGAACCGUUGCAAGAAGAAGGGAGGGAAGUCGAGCCUGACGCCCAACUCGACGAGCAACAGCCCGGGCAGCACCCCGGUGGCGGGCAAGAAGCCCCUGGCCACGAGCAAGUCGGACUCGGCCCUGCUGGGCCUGGUCGGGGUGGACGCCAACAGCUUGGCUUCGGACGGGGGAACGCCGCAGCCCGGCGAGGCCAACGACGCCGCCCUCCUCAACCUGUCUGCAGGGUCCGUGCCAGGCCUGCAGUCCCAACACAAGCGGAAGCUGGACCUGGAACCCGGGAGUGCCGAGUCCACCCCCGGCGGACAGGUGGGCGGGGCCAACUCCACGGGGGAGGAGGAGGAGGAGGAGGGCGGGGCCAAGCGGUGCCGGUCGGACGAGGCCAACAGCACGGCGUUUCUCGAUGCCAUCGGACUGGGCAAAGGCGACCUCCCCUUCCUGGAGGAAAGGGUCAGCGACGGCAACGGCAGCGCAGAGGCGGAGCCGCAGGUGGAGAGUUCGCGGCCUGCGGAGAACUGCGCGGUUGCAGACACCUCCCUCGGCGGCCCGGAGGAGCCGUCGCGGUCCAAGGAAACUGCAGUGGCCGACUCGUUACAGGACUCUCCUGUCUCGUCCACUACCAGUGGUACCACGAAGCGGCAGCUGGACGGCGAGGCGGAAGACGUCGCCUCCGAGAGCACCACCAAGCGGCGGCGCACCAACGAACCGCUCGACAACGCCGAGGUGGAUCCGGCUGAAUGCGGCCCGGUCUCCUCUUCGCACCCCAAAAACCACCUGCUGAGAGAGCGUGAGCCACUCGCAGCAGACAGGGCUCUCGUCACGGGAAGCAACUGCGCGGAGGUGGACGGCCCCCGGGACGCCACGAGGCGCUCUCCCGUCCCCGUUGCCGAGGAGAAGGCCCACGUGUCCGAUGGCAUCGACAGCACAACGAGGUCACCCCUGCACUCGACAGCACUGGAAACAUCCGUCUAAUGUGCGUAAGGUAAAACAAAACAAGAGGAAAAAAUGCAGAAAACUUUUUUUUUGGAAAAAAAACUUUUUUGCCCAACCCUUGUUCAAGACAACCGAACGCAAAGAUGCCACCUCCUUUCCCUUUUUUUUUUUUUUUUUUUUUUCUUGUUUUUGUUUCCGUACGUAUUUUGUGUGUUUCUUCGUGUUCCCAUCCUAUUCUCCUUGCAGGAGACUCGUGUGAAAAAAAAGAAAGAGCUCGUCCUGCAACUUUGGGCACAUGUGUUCAGUCCCUCUAGUGAUUUGGGAAGGUUGACAGGGCUCGAACUUUGGUGAUGCUUUAAAGCGUAGAAAAGACCGAUUUUUUUUAUUUUAUUUUUUUUUCUUGGCAUUUGAUUGUUGGACUUUGGAAGGUAUGGUUUGAGGUCAACUGGAAUAAGAUUGGGCAGACACUUUUUGCUUCACUUGCAGGCUGUUACUAUUGAUGUACCGAGAAAACAACUGAUAGUUUGCGCACCGAGCUUAGCGGAAGUACAUUUGCAGGUUUUUCGUAUUUGGUGGCUGUCUCUCUACUACCCGUAUUCUUGCAGGAGAAACGUUUUGGAUUCCCCCAAGUGUCUCUAACUUUUCAGUUUGUAAGAGGAGUUUUACGGUGCUCAAAACAUCUUUUUUAUGAUAUCACGAGACUGUAAGAGGAGUUUUUUUGGUGCUCGAAACAUCUUUUCUAUAGCAUCACGAGACCUAUUUUAGGGAAUUCAAAACCUUAUUCCAGUUGACCUGUAGCAGUUCGAGAAGACUUGCCACUCUGCCAACAAAGAUAGUGAUGUUGUGGAGAGACUUUUUUCUUUCCCAAAUCUUUCCAGGACAGCGCGAGAUCUCUCGUCUGGCGGUGUUUGCGAGAGCUCUAGUUUGUCUUCACGUGCGAGCGUUUGUGGAGCUGCAGGUGCAAGGUGCUUUGGCUGUUUUCAUGAUUUGUUUGUUGCUGCAAGCGUGUCUGUGCAUUAGACCUUUUGGCCGAGCUUUCAAACUCUGCAGAGAUGGGGCCUACUAGAAGUGGCAUGAUGAGGGGAGAAAAAUAUUUUUUUAAAAAUUAUGUUUACACCUUAGUACAUUUUCUUGAAUUUUGGCUCUCGAUCCUUGCACUCAAAUUUGAAAUUGGGGACGGUUGUGUUGUUUCGAGAGACCUCACCAGAGAAGCGAUGCAAAACGCCCCUCUGAAGAGUGCGAGCCAUUGUGCACGUCAUUUGAGUGACCUUACCAUAACGGUUUUUGUCUUUUCCGGUUUCAACCAAGCAUUGCACCACACGUGCUUCUGCAACCUGUUGGGUGGUGCGUGUGAAUAUCGUAAUGUGUUUUUGAGGGGUUGAGAAACAUCAGAUCAGGCUGAAACUUAUUAUGCAGCAGCUGUUUUCGUUUUUGCUUGUUGAGGGUCAUGGCUGUGACCCGUCUAAUUCGUGGCAUAAGUUCUUAGCGAUUGAACAUUUUCCAUUGUUUUUUGGGACUGGAAACUUGAAGCGUUUCAAGAUACCACCUUCUUUGCCCGCAUGUUUGCUUGCAUGAAGGGGGCAGGGUAUGAAUCGAUAUUUGGGCUCGUUUCAGGAACACCUUUGUGUGUUACUGAAGCAAACCUUUUAGCAAUGCCCGGAAUGGCUACUGAAGUUGGGCCCUUUCAGCAACAUUGAUUGCUAAAGCAAGACCUUUAGCAAUGCCCAGGGGGCAUGAUCGCUUCGCGAUUAUUCAUCGUAUAUCUUUCUUUCUGCGUGUUUGUUUGUUGUCAUUUUGCUUUCAAUUCCAUGGAAGGGUUAGCAGAAACUUCACGUGGAAGCGGAUGCUGCGACUGCUCGGGGGCAUUAAAGCGCGCACCACAUAGUUUUUAUUCUGCAGCAUUAACAUCGAUGUGCGCCAUGUAUAUUCACGCCGCUGAAUUACCCCCUCACAUUCUGUACAUAGUCUUCCUGCGAUCAUGUGUCUGGUGCGUGCGAGUCUUUGUGAGUCAAGAAAGUCGUUACCUUGCGUCUAGGAGUGGCCCAUCCUUGCUUUGUCUUCAUUGCAAUUGAUUGUUUGAUGGCUUUGGAGGUUUCGUGUUGUUAAGCAACAUCAUCUAAUUGGAAGAUGCCAUUUAGAGAAGUGGAAGCAGUGAUGGUGUGUGCUUGCCAGCAAAACAUCUGCAAAUUUGUACAGAGGUAGCUGGGUGAGCAGCCGUUGUUAUUAUUUUUUUUUAUGUCAGAUGGAGCACACUUUGGAUACUUAUUUUGUACCAAUCGUUACGAUUGCAGCAGAUAUUUCGAGCCAUCAACUUUGUUGUGAUCGAGAUUUUUGACACGGCUGAAACGUUAAAUUGGGUUAAUUCGAAUGUUUGAAGACCUGUGGAGUGCCUGAUUUUACCUGUAGCGCUGUACAUAUUCAAGGUAUAAUAAAGUGAGCAAAAUUUUCAUUGGA